AUGGUCAUUGCCCUAAAACGCUUAGAAGUUCCCCCCUUCCCUUUUCACACAAUCUCCUACAACUUUAUCACAGGAUUCCCCAAGUUGCAAGGAUUUGAUACAAUUCUGGUGGUCAUAGAUUCCUUUUCUAAAUUUGGCCACUUCAUCCCAACAACCAAGAAAUUGUCAGCCAAAGGUCUAGCAGAGUUGUUCAUUUCACACGUCUGGAAACUACAUGGAUUGCCAGUAAAGACAAUUUUGGAUAGAGGGACCACAUUCACAGGAAAAUUCCUCAGGGCACUGUACCAAUGCCUUGGGAUCAAACCAGCCUUUUCAUUGGCCUACCAUCCAGAGUCCAACAGACAAACAGAAAGGGUCAAUCAAUUCAUUGAGUUCUACCUUAGGUCAUAUGUGGCAGCAGAUCAUUUGGACUGGUCCACUUGGCUACCACUAGCAGAAUAUGUGUACAAUAACGCCAAGCAUGCUGCCACAGGGAAGACUCCAUUUGAACUGGUCUACGGAAGGAACCCAGUCAUGAACCCAUCCAAUGUCCUGGCAAAUGUCCCAGAAACCAACCACGUGGCCAAUACUCUUGCCAGUGAAUGGAAGGAAGCAGAAUCUGCCCUAAGGAUGACAAAGGAAAGGAUGGCAGGAAUCAAAGGCAUAAUCCUAGAGUAUUCUAUUGGAGAAAAAGUAUGGCUAGACGCAAAAAAUGUUGAGAUUUGUUUGAACUCCUACAAACUAGACCCCAAAUGCCUAGGACCUUUCAAAAUUACCAAGAAAAUCUCCAGCCAUGCAUAUGGCCUAGAACUCCCUGACACCCUGAAGAUCCACAAUGUUUUCUAUGUGGGAUUAGGAGAAGAGGAAUACAAGGUAGAGCAAAUUAUUGACUCAAAAAGGCAACAAGGAGAAUGGUUCUACCUGAUCAAAUGGAAGGGUUACAGCCCAGAGGACAAUUCCUGGGAACCAGAAGAACUACUGGAACACAGCCAAGACAAGAUAAAGCACUUCAAUCAGGCUAGACUCAGAAAGGCUUGUGACGCUGCCAAGAGCCUUUAA